ACCCAAGACCUUUUCUAUUUGUUUACACCACCACCCCCCUCCCGAGUCCACUUCUGAUAUCCCAAUAACAAAAUAAACACUUUCGCAACUCAUUAAAUCAAUCAACUCAAUUUCACAACAAGUCACAUACAAUACACAAACAAAUACAACAAGUUAUUUGCAGUCACUACAAUUUGCUUGAGGAAUUCUUUUGUCUUCAAUCAAUUACAAUUUUCCAAUCACUUUUUCCAAUACUUACGUCCCUUUGCCUUUCGCAUAUACUUUUCUUCACCGCAAAAGAAGCGCAAUCUCAAGCCAAUCAACCCCUCGACGCCUUCCUACAUCGAAUACCAUAUACAUUUGCGCCGGCGCCAAUCAUAUAAUCGUCAUCGGUCUCGAUAAGACAAGACCUCAUACACCACAGAACAUUCAUCCAACCUUCGAGUCCGUCGAUUCAACCUUCAAAAUACUCUCUGUCGCGUUGUUGCCCCACCUAUACGUUUGACAAUAUUCAUCAAUCGCGACUACAAGAAUAGAAUAGAACUCAGAGCACAAUGGCCGAAAUAGACUAUACCAGAAGAAACAAGUACGCGAGACCACUUUCCGAGGCCGAGAAGGAGCGUUUGGAUGAAUUCAUUGAUGCAAUUCAUUAUUCCGCAAGAUACUCUGACGACCAAUACGAGUACCGACAUGUUCAACUACCAAAAGCUAUGCUGAAAGUUAUCCCAAAGGAAUACCAUGAUCCCCAAACUGGUACCUUGAAGCUAUUGUGGGAGGAAGAAUGGAGAGCAUUGGGAAUUACACAGAGUCUUGGUUGGGAACAUUAUGAGGUACAUGAACCAGAACCACAUAUUCUACUCUUCAAGAGAUCUAUUAAUUAUCAACCACCAACUCAACAACAGUAAAUAUGCUGCUUUGAAUCAAACUCGAUCUCAACGAGUCUUUUGAUUCAGCAUAACACCUUAUACAGGAGGACAUAUGCUUUGACGAUGUUACGUCUGAUGUCUCUCCUAACUUACACGACUUACACUUUAUGGUUCUCAAUUAUUCGUUUGAUGUAUUAGAUCAGGAUUAAUUAACAUCAUCUCCACUGCUAUAUACUGGUCCUAGUUCAUCUUGGGAAGUUAAUGAUAGCAAGGCUUUUUAGGGCUGGUUGCAAUGGAUUUAGGGAGUGUAGAAAAGCAGAAAAGAAACCAAUACUGAGGAUCGGAUGAUGUAUGGUGGCAGGUUCAGCAUAAGUACAUGCAAAACGGGAGGACGAUGAAGGGGUUGCAAGGGGAGGCGACGGUUCUCAGGUUAUUGCACUCUCAUUCGAAGGCAAGGGUUUACCAAAAAAACAAUAAAUCAUAUCUACAUGUA